AUGGAGAACGGAAGAGAGGGGCGUUCGGGGGCCGAGCCCGGGGACCCCCCGAACCGGGGGGAGGCGCCGCCGGCCCGCCCGGCCCGGCCCGGCCUGGCCUGCCGAGGCUCUCCCCCGCGGCAUUCCCGCUUUCCUUCCAAAUACCCGCGGUGGGAAAAGAGAAGGGGAAAAAAUAAUAAAAAACAAACCCCAAAAGCCGCAUACAGCUACGGGGAGAAAAAACACCAAAAAACAAACGCAGAAGAAGCCGAGCAAACCCAAACCGGCCGCCGUUCCCACCUCCUGCUCCGGAGCUUGCGAGUUCCGCGCGGAGCCGCCGGCGAUCAGCGCCCGCGGCCGGCCGGGGCUCGGGGGGGCUCCGGAGGAGAGAACCCGCCCGGGCGGCCCGCGGGCACCGCGCGGGGGGAGCCGCCGGCCGAGGGGGCCCGUCCCGGCCGAGCCGCCGGGCUGCCCCCGGGCGCCGCCGCGGCCACCACCUGCCGCCGCCCGGCAGCCGCCGCGGCGCCCCGCGGAGCGGCGCCCGGCCGCCCGCCCGCGCCCUCGGGGCCGCCCGCCUCCGGGCCGCGGCGGCCGGACCUGACCCCCGCCCGCCGCCCUGCCCCGGGGCUCCCCCGGCGGCCGGGGCCAGAGGCGGAGUUGCCCCGGGGCGGGCGCCUGUUCCCCCGGCAGCACCCCGCGCCUCCGCCCGCCCGUCGGGAGCCUCAUGCUCCUCCGCGGGAAAAAGUGAAUGAGAAUACCCGCUGUUUCCCCGGCGCUCGGAGCUCGAUCAUAUUUCAGAUUACCCCCGCAAAAAAGUAA